AUGUCUGAUUCAUCGGAUUCUCCCUCUCCUUCUUCCGAAUCGGAUUCGGAUUCUGGUUCCUCUCCCCCGCCUCCGUCUGAUUCAUCUCCACCUGCGCCCGAGUCCUCUCCGCCACCGCCGCAGGAUGUUUCUCCGCCUCCUCCGACUGGUUCAUCUCCACCUCCUCCGAAUGCAUCGCCGCCACCGCCGAAUGACUCAACGUCUUCAUCUCCUCCAUCUCCUCCAUCUCCUCCUCCGCCUCCUCCACCGCCACCACCUCCUCCGCCUUCUCCUCCACCUCCUGGAUCCUCCAGGCAUACUUCUCCGCCGAAAUCGAUCUCCUCCUCGCCUCAUUCCCGAUCCUCGGACUCCUCAUCCGGCGACUCUACGCCUGAGGUGGUUCCGAUUAUUGUAGGAGUGGCGGUGGCGGCAGGAUUUUUGCUAUUCGCCAUGGCACUGAUAUUCUUCGCUUGCAGCCGAAAGAAAAAGAAGCGUGAGAGUAAUACCGUAUACUACGAUGAUCGGCCUAAUCAGAAAGGUGGGGACCCCUAUUACAACGGAAGGAAUCAGAACUGGAACGGUACGGGCGAACAUUUCGUGAACAUACCGCCAGCCACCGGCGGAGGGCAAGGAGGAGGAUGGCCACCGCCAGCCACCGGCGGUGGGCAGGGAGGAGCAUGGCCACCGCCAGCCCCCGGCGGAGGGCAAGGAGGAGCAUGGCCACCGCCAGCCCCCGGCGGAGGGCAAGGAGGAGUAUGGCCACCGCCGCCGCCACCACCGGGAUUAUUAAGCAGCGACAUGAGCUCAAGCUUCUCAGGGCCACAUGGGCCACCGUUACCACCGCCACACCCGUCGGUGGCGCUGGGGUUCAAUAAAAACACGUUCACAUUCGACGAGCUGAUGGCAGCGACAAGCGGAUUCUCUCCGGCGAACUUGUUAGGGCAAGGCGGAUUCGGAUACGUUCAUAAAGGAGUGCUGCCCAACGGCAAGGAAAUUGCCGUAAAAAGCCUUAAAACAGGUAGCGGACAAGGAGAUCGGGAAUUCGCGGCGGAAGUAGAGAUUAUCAGCCGCGUCCACCACCGUCAUUUGGUAUCCCUCGUCGGUUAUUGCAUGACCAAUGAUCGGAAAAUGUUGGUGUACGAAUUUGUUCCUAAUAACAACCUCGAUUUCCACCUUCAUGGGGAGGGGCGCCCGCCGAUGCCAUGGUCGAUGAGAGUCAAGAUCGCACUCGGUGCGGCUAAGGGUCUAUCCUACCUCCACGAAGACUGUCAUCCUCGCAUCAUCCAUAGAGACAUUAAGACGGCAAAUAUUCUUAUAGACAUGAGUUUUGAAGCAAAGGUGGCUGAUUUUGGAUUGGCUAAGCUCAACCAGGACAAUUACACUCAUGUAUCCACUCGCGUUAUGGGCACAUUUGGUUAUUUGGCUCCGGAAUAUGCAUCAAGUGGGAAGCUAACAGAGAAAUCAGACGUAUUUUCAUACGGAGUAAUGCUUUUGGAGAUCAUAACUGGAAGACGACCCGUGGACGCAUCGGGGGAGCUGAUGGAGGACAGCUUAGUGGAUUGGGCGAGGCCUCUAUGCUUGAAAGCAAUGACUGAAGGAGCCUACGAGGCGUUGGCAGAUCCAAGAUUGGAGAAGGACUACGACGCUCAGGAAAUGGCAUGCAUGGUGGCUUGUGCUGCUGCAUGCAUUCGCCAUUCUGCUAAACGCCGUCCCAAAAUGAGCCAAGUUGUGCGGGCACUCGAAGGCGACGUAUCGAUGGAGGAUUUGAACGACGGAGUAAAGCCAGGCCAAAGCUCAUACUUCGGCUCCGGUACGUCGUCGGAUUACGACGCAAGCUCUUACAGCGCCGACAUGAAAAGGUUCAGAAAGGUAGCGUUGGAAAGCCGGGAAUAUACAAGCAGUGAUUAUGGUGGGACGAGCGAGUAUGGGCUAAACCCAUCAGCGACGAGCAGUGACAAUAGUCAGAAGCCAAGCCAAGCGUCAUCGCCCAAUUUACAGCCCAACAAACCCUAAAUUUUCAGCUUCUUUUUUGAAAUGUUGUUAUUGUUGUCGUUGUUGUUGUGCUGGGCAUGGACCGCCCAGUCGAUGAACUGAAGCAGUUUGUUUUUGAAGAUUUUAGGUUGCGGAUCAGUUUUGGUUUCUUCUUCGCAGUUCGUAACAGAGGUUUAUGUGUAAACGCAUAUAUUAUUCAUUUUCUUGAAUGAGUUUUUGUUGGACUUCUUU